UUUCUUUUUCGCUUUCUUUCUCAUUCGGUCUGUUUCUUCCGGCGUGUUUCGUUGCGCGCCAGAUAUUCACCCGAGCAGAUACCACGUUUCGUGUCUGUAGGACUUAAAUAAUGCGUUACGUGGCUGCUUAUAUGCUAGCUGUGCUGGGAGGCAAAGCCUCGCCAGGCCAGAACGACAUUGAAAAGAUCUUGUCGUCUGUCGGGAUUGAAACUGACACUGAAAAACUGAAGAAGGUUAUUUCAGAACUCAAUGGAAAGUCUAUUGACGAAUUAAUUUCUAAGGGAAGAGAAAAACUUUCAUCCAUUCCAGUUGGCGGAGCAGCUGCGGCAAGUGCUCCCGCAGCUCCUGCUGCAGCAGCUCCGGCAGAGGAGAAGAAAGAGGAAAAGAAGCCUGCCAAGGAGGAAUCCGAAUCCGAAGACGACGAUAUGGGCUUUGGGCUCUUUGACUAAAAAAAAAAAAAA